AAAUAGGUCGAGUUUAACAUCAGAAGGCGGCGCCGAGAGCCCGAGACGCUUUGAUUAAGCAGUAUGCUAAACUCAUGUCUUUGAUCAAAGAUUGAACGUCGUGUAAAAAUUAAAAUAAUGCAAAAAUCAAAGCUUUGUGAAUAUUAUUAGAUUUCAUUAACCCUUAGAAUUUCCACUGCUUUCCUCACUGUUCAAAGAUACAGUGGGAAGUUGGGAACUGGGAACGAACGAGAGACGGAGAGAGGAAGAGAGAUGAGCACUGGGCAGAGAUUUGAGAAGACGUUUUCAAGGAAGAACAAGGAGACAAACAAGAAGACCAACGAAGGGAAGAAAUCGGAACAACAACAACAACAACAACAUGUUCCUGAAUCAUCUUCUUCUCAACAACUGAACGGAAAACUCGACAAUCCAAGCAACAAAAUCAACAACACUACUAAAUCCACCGUUGCUAAACAACCCACCAAUAAGAACAAAAAAACUUCUCCAACAACAACCACCAAAAAACCCAUCAACAACAACAACACAGUUAAGAAGAAGAAGAAUGUGAGUGAUUCUCCAAAACCAGAGCAGAAGAAAGAGAAAACUCGAGAGAAGAAUGAAGAGAAAGAUGAAACCCAGAAACAGAAAAGAAAAACGGAAAAUGGGGGAGGAGAGAUAGAGAAGAAACCAAAGACGAUGAAAACGACGUCGUCGAAGAAUGAAGAGAGUUCUGAGUGUGCGUUUCCCACGAAUCGAAUCCUUAGAAUUGUGAAAAGUGAGGGUUCUUCUGAUUACAAGCUUAGUGGAGAAGCUGUUUGUCUCAUUAACAAAGCCACUGAAAAGUUUAUUGAACUAUUCUCAAAAGAUGCAUAUGACUCUGCUGUCGAAGAUCAUAAGAGAUUUGUUGCCUACAAGCACCUUGCCUCAGUGGUCUGUAAGAAGAAGAGGUUCGACUUUCUUUCAGAUUUUGUUCCUGAGAAAGUAAUGGCUGAGAAGGCCUUGGCUGAAAGAAAACCUGCAGAAACUCUACCACCACUAGGCUAGCAAAGUCUUUCUGCUCAGCCAAAUUUUGUAACACAUUCACUCCAUAUGCAGGAAGUUUUGUGUCUUUGCCGAGGGUUGGAUGUAUGUUAUUAUGAUGUCAAUCUAGAGAGGUCAGCUUUCAGUGCUGGCGUGUUUACAUUAUAUCAUGCUUUAAAGUUUAAACUAUGGUUGGAUUAUGGGCUUGGUAAAGGACUAUUUUAUUGCAGUGUUAAGGAUGUUCUGCCAGAA